GCAACACGCCGCACAGACGUUCCCAGUUGCUCAACGUAGACGUUACGUUUUUUCGAAAGACGCGGAGAACGUUCGAUUCUUAAAACUCAGAUUUGUGUURUCUGCUACAUUUCUGUGCAUUAAAAUUUCUAUUAACUUUUACCGGAUUAACAGUGGAGCACAAUCGAAAGUGAGCAAGCAGUUUUAUACUUAGAAAACAAAAAUCGAAAAUAAAUMAAAAAACACAAAAUAAUCGGCCAGGAAUCACCUGUAUUUGGAUAACAGUUCUUCGUGAAUUUUCUCAAAGUGCAAAUCUGAAACUAUUUGCUACUAAACUGGUGUAAAAAAACUAUUGAAGUUUGUGAAUAUUGACAUAAAAAGUGUGAACAGGACGUGAUUUAUAAAAUAAAAAAGAAGUAAAAAUAAAAACAAUUAAAAAGUCUUUUUCAAACUUUUACUCUAGAAAAUUGUGUGAAAGCAUAAAGCAGGUGUGCUCUAUAUAAAUCUGWACAAAAUUUAAAAGUUUCUAAGGAAAAUCGAAAAAUGCGCUGACUUGAGUUUCGCUGGCGUCAAUCGCCGCCACCAGUGUGAAUUGAAGUAAAGUAGAAGUACUUAAAAGAUUUUCGAAAUUUCGUGGGUUUAUCUCACUGACACUCGUAAAUGUCGUGUGAGAGCUCGCUGCAACAUCACACCUUCAACUCAUACCACCACCAAGCCAUCAAUGCAAUCACAACAACAACAUAAGCAAAUAUUUUGACGAAACAAAAAAGGAAAAUUCAAAAGAACUGUGUGUGUGGAUAUUUCGAUAACUAACACUCUGCAUUAUAGCAAGAAGAAAUAAGAAUUUCAAUAGCAAUUUUGGGAAAAAAUUAACUAAGAUUUUUUUAAUUAAAAACAGACAACUGCGGCCGAUUUGAGCCGCUCAACAGUCUCCAAACUGCUUGCGGAUUAUUAACUGUGCAACAAAACAUACUUGCAAACAAACGUACUCACAUACUCGCUGUUUUCUUUUCGCCAGCAAUCAUUGCACCAAAAUUCACAGCAAACUGCAUCCAUGGAUAUGGCCGCCAACGAAAUCAUGGCCGCCAAUGAGAUUAUGGCGCCCAAUGUCAAUGCCAAUUGCCAAUAUUCGACACGAUACUGUUGGGAGGCAGAGAAGGUCAAAACAUUAAUCAGAUUACGUGCGGAACUCUCACCGCUAUUCACAGGCAAGCGUAAUGCCUCCAAAUAUGCUUGGGCGGUCGUGGAGCGCAAACUCAAUGUUCCACUGCCACUUUCGAAGAUCAUCAAAAAAUGGAAUAAUCUACUGCAAGAAUACAAAGCCAUUAAAAUGUCCGAAGAGCCAAAGCGCCGCGAAUGGCCCUUCUUCACACUGAUGGAUGUCUAUUUCAGCGAUCAGGUCAACGAUCCUUCGUUACGUCUCUUCUCCUCUACUAAAACGCUCCGCGAGACAAUCGAUGACAGCGUCUUCGAAGAUGAUCCCAUUAUUGUAUCCGCCAUAGAGGCAGCUACUUCAGGGGCUUACAUGGACAUUGAUGAGCUCAUACGCCGCCAAAAAGAACGUGCCGAAAAGAAAUACGCUUUGGCUGGUGGCGGCAUUGGCGAUUACAAAUACGACAUCAAACCGAUGUUGCAGAACAGUAAAUUUAACAGUAACGAUACGUUGAAGCUAUCGAAGAGCGUCGAUGACUUGAGCAUGCAACAGUACAAAAUAAAAGACGAACUCAUGCGACAGCACGAACAGGAGCAGCAGGAKAAUAUACUCAAGAUCAAGCAGCACGCACRUCAACAGCAGCAGCAGGUCCAACAACAGGCGCAGCGUGAGCGGGAGCGUGAACGCCAGCGUGAACAACAAGCUGUGCAACAACAACGCUUCUUACAUGCCGCAGUUGGCCAACAACAAUUGCCGCCACCACCGUCGCCGCAUGCAGUGCAUCGCCUGCCACAGCAACCGACMCCACCACCGGGGCUGCAACAUGCCUUGCAGCAGCAACAUCAACAUUUGUUGCAGCAACACCAACAGCAGCAGCAGCAGCAGCACCAUCUUCUCCAUCAACAACAGCAACGUCAACAGCAAUUACAACAACAGCAGCAACAACAACCACAGUCGCAACCGCAGCAAUUAUCACCGUCGAUUGUACUGCCACCGCCGCCCACACCACCCACCACAGCUCAACAGAUACACAUACAGACGGCCCAACACCAGGCCACUCAACAGCAGUUGCACUUGCAACAGCAACAACAGCAGCAGCAACACAAUCCACAGCAUCCACAGCAGCAACAACAAGGAUACACCGAUCCCAACACGAUCGACCAGUACCUCCUGUCGUGGAAUAACUUCCAUGGUAACAUGUGUCGUGGCUUCCACACCCUACAAAAGGACGAGAAGAUGGUGGACGUAACGAUCGCCGCGGGCGGAAAAAUAUUCAAAGCACACAAACUCGUACUAUCCGUUUGCAGUCCAUACUUUCAACAAAUAUUCCUUGAGAAUCCCUCCAGUCACCCUAUAYUAUUAAUGGCUGAUGUAGAAGCACCUCAUAUGGCUGGUUUACUGGAUUUUAUGUACAGUGGACAGGUUAAUGUAAAAUACGAAGACCUACCUGUUUUCCUAAAAGUAGCUGAAGCAAUGAAGAUCAAAGGACUGCACACCGAGAAAAACAUGAACGAUGAUAAGGAAAAUGGCUCUUCACAAGACGGCGACUCUCUGGCAACACCAACCGGUUCUGGUACUCAAUGUCACUUCGACCGUGCCACACACAGCGUUAACAUAACCGGUCACCCAUAUGGACAAUCCCCAAUACACCCGCAACAACCACCCCAACAGCCAUCUGCACCACCGCCACCACAGUCAACCGCUCAGACGGCGCUUGAACAUAGCAUGAACGGCACCGGCGGACCACUUUCGCCAUCCCCAGGUUUUGCCAGCUUCCGUGAUCAUAUCAAGUCUAAAGCGAGCUUCGCGGAAACUUUUAUGAAGAAUCUAAGUCGCAAUAACAACAAUAACAGCAGCAUUAAUAAUUACAAUAAUUUGAGCAACUCGUUGCCGGAGUCGACCGCAGUAACACGGAAGUCGGAUAAUUUCGCCAUUAUACAAGCGAAUAGCAAAAAGAUCUUAGACACAUCAAAGAAACCACAUAAAUAUCUCGCUAAACGGAAAAUACUGAUGCAUUACAAUGAGGAGCUGAAUGAGAAGCGCAGGAAGGAGAUGGAUUGCUACAGCGUUGAGACAGAUGUGAACAGCAAUUUGGAUGUCACGCUAGUGGAAACAAACAAAACGACAUCGGAGACCUUAGGAUUAACACCAGCAAUUUCGGUUAGCGCCAUAAGCAACAGUAGCAGCAAUAACUACAAGAUACGACUUAUGGAGAAGCAUCAAAAUGACACGGCCGCCCAAGCAGCAGCUGCCGCCACCGCUGCCGCCAAUACUGUCACAUCAAAACACAACAACAAUGACGACUCAAUCAAUAAUAACGAGUCUCAUACCACAAAGGAAACCACACCGCUGGAAGAAGAAGUCACAGAAGCAUUAAAUCUCGUGCAAAAUUGUACUACAACCAGCAGCUCGUACGAUGGUUCGAAGGCCGCAACCGACACGAGCGAGAAAACAAGUUUSAAGGAAAAAACGACAUCUAGCAGCAGCAUUUGCCCGCUUGUGCCUUUAAUCAACAUCAAAGUGGAGCAGCCCGACUCGAGCUACAAUAUGGGAAAUAUGAGUAGUGGCCUAAGCAGUGGAGCUAGUAGCAGCGGCUGCAGCAUUGGUGGGCGCAGCAGUACAAGUACAUCAGAUGAGGAUGAGCUGGAGCGCGUGCGAGAACGAGAACUGGAACGUGUGUUGGAACGCGAGCGGGAGCAUGAAAGUGAGCGCGAACGUGAACGAGAGCGCACACUUGAUCGUGAACAUGAGAGGGAACGCAAUCAAUAUCACAGUGAUUAUAAUAAGGACGAAAUGGAGACAGAUCCCAACAAUAACAACAGCAAGGACACCGCAAACUUGAAUAAGAACGUUGCGCUCAUACAUGCAAUUACACGCAAUUUGGAACAUCCUAAAAGCGACAACAACAAUAAUCACACAGAACUAGAUUUAAGUAGUACGCAUUUAAGCAGUUUGGGAUUGGUAGCCGGCAUUACCGACAACGAGACUGUCAAGAAUAUAGCGACAGCUGAGAUCUUGUGCGGGCUGAAGAGUAAAGUCUUCAAAAUGGAGAAACUAGACGAGGAUCGUGAGCGGGAACGUGAGAACUGUCGUAGCUUGAGUGAGAUAAAAAAUGCGGGUGAUUGACAAUUGAGCGCGUUGACACGAAAAGCGCAUUAAGRUUUGGGAUAAGCGGCCGCGUGAAAGCAUCAGCCCAGAUCAUACAAAUUUUAUUGAAGGGAUGGACAGAUUUCGAACAUCUUCGGUAAGACACCGUUUUGACGUGGAAAGUGUCCGUCAAGCGUUAGUUUAGUUGAUACGUUCAAAUGCAUUUGUUUAUUAUUUUUAUUAUUUUUGUUAAUUGGUAGUUAUUUAUUUUUUACAUACUCGUACAGAGAUGCUUACAGGUAUGCAUGCAUACAUUGUUCUACUUCCUCCAUUUAUUUAGUAAGUACCCAUGAGUAGGUAGAUUAAGAUACAASUAAUAAGUUAUGUUUAAUGUGUGGAAUAGAUAAAACUUAGAUUUAAGCAGCGAAAAUGUUGAUAAAUAAAAAUAUGGCAAAUUAAAAUAAGAGAUUGAACAGAGUUGACAGAAGACGACAAAAUAUAUAUUUCCCUGCUUACUCAAUUAUUAGAAGAAACCAUCAAGCCCUUUUGAUCAUGAAUAUUUAUUAAAGGCAUCUCAGCGCAAGAAGAUACCCAAUUAGCCGAAUAUUCGUUGACUUUGAAUUUUGACCUUGAGMAAAUAUAAAUUGUGUUAUAAAGCUAGAAAUUGGCAAACAUUUUUGCAUAUGCGUACAUCUCUUUUGUACGAUGUUUAAAGGAAAUGUGCUAGUUAAUAAACAAUGAGAUAAAGUGAAUCAUUUAAAUUAAAAUAGAAAUAGUAAUUAUUUUACUAUACCUGAUCAGCUCAUAAAUUAUGUGAAAACAUUAAAUUAAAUAUUUUAUAUCACUUUGCUGCAGCUUAACUUGCCAGCUCUAUUUUUAAUACUUAAAAUACAUUUUAUUGUUAAAUACCAGGGAAACUUGUAAAACUUUAAAGGAGUUUAGGAAUUUUAAAGAACGUUUUAACCCAUAAAACCCCUAAAAUAAUAACAAGUAUUAAUUUAAUGCACUUAAAUAAUACGAUAACAACUUAUUUAUAUUAAUAUGUCUUAAUCCCACUAAAACCAUUAAAAUGGUUACAAAAACGGAUUGGGCAGUGCAAGCAGAGCUUAUGUUAUUAUUUCAGGAAAUUAUGCUCCGAUUUCAUAUAGAUUUUUUUUUUAAAUUUUGUUACCAUGAAUUAUUGUUGUUUGGUAGAUUCCCGAUAAUCAAUUAAUAAUCAAUGUAGAUUUUUUAAUAUCACUACUUUUCUGCAAUUUUAUAAUUUUAAUUAAUAUUUAUUUCAUCUCAUUUGCUAUUUAUUGUCGCAUGUUAUCGCACACAAAUCAAUUACUCAAUUAUUUUUUCGAUAUAUAUUACUAAGCUACAUCUAUUUCAUGAUUUUUAAUAUUCAUUCGAAUGUACUAUAUACAUAUGAAUGUGAAAAGUUCACAUUAAAACAAAAUACUGAAUAUGCAUCGGCUGUUAGUAGAACCCCCAUCCCACAUGUACGUAUUUAUAUUAGCAUAGUAAAGUCUAUACAUAAAUACGGACAGGAAAAUCGUCGCAUUUCACCAUUCACCACAUUGAAUAAGAAUAUGUAAAAUAAUAUAAAAGUAAAGUCCGUGCG